UUAUUAUUAAGUGUUACUGUGUGUUUAAUCCCAGGUGCCAUCAAUGAGAUGGCCACCCACCCAGGCUACUACGAGGACUUGGUGGAGAAGUCCAUGGGGAAGUACAACUUGGCCACGGAGGAGAUCGAGAGGGACCUGCACCGCUCCCUGCCUGAGCACCCCGCCUUCCAGAACGAGAUGGGCAUCGCUGCUCUCCGACGGGUCCUCACGGCCUACGCUUUCCGGAACCCCAACAUUGGCUAUUGCCAGGCCAUGAACAUUGUGACCUCGGUGCUGCUGCUCUACGCCAAGGAGGAGGAAGCCUUCUGGCUACUGGUGGCUCUGUGCGAAAGAAUGCUUCCAGACUACUACAACACCAGAGUCGUUGGUGCGUUGGUAGACCAGGGUGUGUUUGAGGAGCUGGCCCGGGAGUACGUGCCCCAGCUGUAUGACUGCAUGCAGGACCUGGGCGUCAUCUCCACCAUCUCCCUCUCCUGGUUCCUUACCCUCUUCCUCAGCGUCAUGCCCUUCGAGAGCGCCGUGGUGGUGGUCGACUGCUUCUUCUACGAGGGCAUCAAGGUCAUCUUCCAGCUGGCGCUGUCUGUCCUGGACGCCAACAUCCACAAGCUGCUGGGCUGCAAGGACGACGGGGAGGCCAUGACCGUGUUGGGCAGGUAUUUGGACAGCGUAACCAAUAAGGACAGCACUUUGCCACCCAUUCCUCAUCUGCAUUCCCUGCUCACAGACGAUGGGGAGCCCCACCCUGAAGUUGACAUCUUUAAACUGGUCCGAAGCUCCUACGAGAAAUUUGGUUCCAUUCGAGCCGAUGUCAUUGAGCAAAUGCGCUUCAAACAGAGGCUGAGGGUUAUUCAGACCAUCGAGGACACAACCAAACGCAAUGUGGUGAGACUCAUUGUGACUGAGACGGCCUUCAGCAUAGAUGAACUGGAGGAGCUGUAUGUGCUCUUUAAGACGGAGCACCUGACCAGCUGCUACUGGGGAGGCACCAGUAACCCCACGGCGCGCCACGACCCCAGCCUGCCCUACCUGGAGCAGUACCGUAUCGACCUGGAGCAGUUCAAGGCCCUGUUCGCGGCCCUCUUCCCCUGGGCCUGUGGCUCCCACCCCGACGUGCUGGCCCUGCGCUUCUUCCGCUUCCUCGACCAGAACUCUGACGCGCUCCUCAACUUCCGCGAGUUUGUGAGCGGACUAAGUGUACUCUGCCACGGAGACCUAACUGACAAGCUCAAGCUGCUAUACAAGAUGCACGUCCUGCCAGACAUUGUGUUGACACAUGAACAGGAAGAGCCUGAUUCAGCGUUUGAAGCCACACAGUACUUCUUCGAGGACAUCACGCCGGAGACAUCACAUGGCCUUGGCCCAAAGUGCAAGAAUGAAAAGGAUGACGGAUUUGUGAGGGUGACCUUUAAAACUGAGAAAGUGAAGAAAACGCACACUCCAGACUACAGAACCUACCUGCGUCUGUGGAACCAGGAAGCCAAGGCCAAGCUGGAGAAUAUGAAGGACCUGCCUAAGCUGAAUCAG